UGAAUGAAUGAAUGAAUGACGAGAUCACAUAUGGAUAGACUCAUCGUGUUGUUCAUUCUAAUCGGUUUGCUUCCAGAUUGAUCUCGUACACACACUCUCACAAAUCGCAUUCGUUGCACUGUUGAUUCAACCACUGCCAGGCCGGACCCAGAGCUGGACACUGAUUUGCCUUGUACUCCAAAAUCGUAUAACUUGUGACCAUGGAAACACUCGCCAACCACGCUAAUCGUGAAAUCAAAAUGGAGUCUACUUCUCCGCAGGAGUUCAAGAUGUUGAAUAUCAAGUCGGAGAAGAUAGAGAGAUCUGGGCUGUCGUCGUCGCCGCCGAGACUGGCCAUCGACUGCGGGGACUCUGCUCGAUCACCAAUACCAUCACCCAUGGACCCACCGGGAGGUCACAGGGUACCCUACCCAGUACAACUUCAUUACCCUUACCAAUAUGCCUAUAGCAAUCCUAUGUAUGGAGAAGGAACCUUACCACCACCGCCUGAUCGGUAUCUCCCGCCUCAUCUUCAUCAGCAGCAGCAGCAUCCGAUGUAUCAGCCACCCAUUACCGGCCCAAUGUCCAGUGAAAAGCCGCAUUCUAACGGCAUCGACCCACCUCGUAAACAACGAAGAGAAAGGACGACUUUUACCCGAGCUCAGCUUGAUGUUCUUGAGACGUUGUUUAGUCGGACCAGGUAUCCUGAUAUCUUCAUGAGGGAAGAAGUCGCUAUGAAGAUUAAUCUACCAGAGUCAAGAGUACAGGUGAGUUAUUACCCCCAUCCCACACACACACGCGCACACACACCCUCAGACCAGUGAAGCGUUAUAGAACACUUCCCUGCUCAGACACUCUCUCAACCACCUUAUCACACACAAUCAUCAUCCACCCCCUCAUUUACACAGCAAAAACGUUGUUUAAACGUUUAUACAACAGUGUUUACUAUAAGGUAGUUGUUUAACAAUCUAUAAUUUAUUGAAAACAAAAUAUUGAAAACCAAACUUUGUUGUCUAAGAUUUAAAACGCUUGUUUAAUCCGCUUAAACAACUUCUGUAAGGUUUAUCUGGUAAACAACGUUGUAUAAAAAUUAAACAGCCUUUUUCUGUAUAUAUCUACGUUUGAUUGUCGAUAAGACAGUGGCUUCCUGGUUUGUUCUGAUAUAAACGUAAUUCGCAAUCAAAUAUUAAUAAUUAUUAUCAUUAUUAUUCAUUUGACCAAACCAUAAAUAACGUGAAUUCGGAAAUUUGUAGAGCUCCAGAGAUGAUACUGAGAGAAAAAAAACUUGAUGUCUUUACACGAUUCGAACUGCAUGCAUAGGGAAGACCUAAAAAACAACCAAUAGCUGACAGUGAUAUAAAAAAAAGGUUUGUUACUCAUGAGUUCUAAAAGUGGAUAGGUGGUUUCAAGAGCCAAAGAUUUGGAGACUAUGACUUAUACAUAUAGAUAUAGGUGCUCAUGUAAUCCCUACCCAAAAAUCAUCGUGCUUGCUGUGAUAUCUAUAUCAUAUAUAUAGAAACAAUCCUUUCAAUGCCAACAUAUAUUUCAGGACUAUUCACUCAUACAUUCAGAAACAUAUCUCUAGUCUGGUACAAUAGUUGAUAUCAAAUCUGUUCUUUUGAGGGUAGUCAUUUUAUUAGCCCAAACCUGAAAUUCAGUGAGUGUUGUCUCCAAAAAGUCGGUUUUUAUUUUGUUUUAAAAUAGAAUAAGAUGAUAAUUAGAAAGUUAAAGGGAUGGUCCAGGCUGGAGAUAUAUAUAUCUCAAUAAAUAGAGUAAAAUGCUGAUAAUUUUGAUCAAAGUCGGAUAACAAAUAACAAAGUUAUUGAAUUUUAAAGAUUUCCACUAUUCCAGUGAAAUAGUUCUAAGCAUGUCUUUGUGAAUAUUCAUUAGGUGGGCUGAUGUUGUCAUAUCCCCACUUGUUCUUUUGCAUUUCAUUAUAUGAAAUUAGGAUUAUUCAUUUUUUUUUCUACCAAGAACUAAAACAAUUGGAUUGACAACUGAUUAAGUGCAUUAGUUAUUUAUUGCUAUAACUUAUUUACUUAUCAACACAUGUAUAAAAUAUGAUGAUGAUUUUAUGUAAUAACAUAAGAAAAAGGAAAGUGGGGAUGUGACAUCAUCAGCCGCCUAAUGAAUAUUCAUGACGAUGUGCAUAAUAACUGUUUUUUUUACAAAAUAUUGAUAAAACUUAAAAUUUAAUGACAUCGUUAUUUGUAAUCGGAUUUUGAUGAAAUUUUCAGCAUUUUGCUCUGUGAAUUUUACUCUAUUUAUUUAGAUAUAAAUAUUUUCAGCCCGGACCAUCCCUUUGAUAUUUCGAUGUAGAAAUUAUAAGCUAAUUUGCAGUGUAAUUGGAGUACUUUUUAUUAUUAUAAACCAGAAAUGGUCCCUUCAUACGACGCAUGUGUGCUUAAGGGGUUUAAUGACCGCAUGAUCAAUGAUGAAUUGUUAUCUCUAUGAGAUAUGAAACAAUAGCCGUAUUCCAUUAACUCUUCACUCUUAAAACAAUUUAGCGAAAAUAGCUAUAUUAUAACCAAAAAUGAAUAAAUCCAGCUCACUUUAACGUCUUCUCGCAUACCACCACUACCCAUGAAUCUAUAUUCAAAGGUUCAAUUUGUGUAAAGUAUUCUAAUUUUCAAUGAAAACUUUGUUUAUAAUCCUGCAUGGAAAUAACAUGUAAUGGAGACCGUUCCUAUAAUAGUCGAGAACAUAUAAAAUCCCUCAGGAUUUUCAACAUAACGCACAAUCCAAAUACCGAAACAGUAACAAUGUUUUCUAUCUGGAUGGGUCAAUUAGGGACCUCUUUGAAUGCUUUACCAUUCAUUCUUCAUGACAGAGUAGUAACCAUCAAUUACAAGUGACAAUAUCAAAAGAAAUCAAGGGUGAAAUUAAACAGUCCUGCAUAUCAUUAUAAAGAAAAACAUGACUGGGAUACUUAUUCUGAAUUGUACCUCUAUAUUAUAAAGUAUCUUUAUGCGGCGUGUCUGGAUUGCAUAUUACCGAAAACUAUUAGUCCUUGCAGUAUUGACAUUCAACAAAAAAAUUGACAUUUGUGGUCGAGUGUGACUUGUUUCUUGAACCCAGCCUCUUUUCAUCCAUCCUACUCGCGGAACAUAUCAAAGCAAAAUUGUAAGAUUGCUUUUCAUACAAAAAACACGCGCAGUCCCGGCAUUUGUUUUGAUAUGCAGCAUUAGAAGUAGUGAAUAAUCGUUAAUACCUCGUAUGCCUUUGUAGUAGAGCGGCUAAGCACCAAAAUCGUUCACUUUUUGAAGAAAGCAUGAAAUUUUGCACAUGGUAUCUAUGAUACAUGAGGAUUGUAAAAAAAAAUGGAUCAAAAAAAAAAGCGCCCUCUGGGGGCCGCCAUUUUGAAUUCCAAUAUGGCCGCCAAAAUCAUAAUACUUUUGGCCAUAUCUCCUGUUCUAUUGCACCUAGGACUGAGAUUCAAACGUCUUUACCCAUGUUUUCAGUGUCUAGGAACAUGAUGGCAGUGUUAAAAUCUAUGUCAGAGGUCCGCCAUAUUGAAUUCCAAGAUGGCCGACAAAAUAAAAUUACUUUUGCGCUCGUUUUGUGCAGGUUUUUUUUUUUUUUGCUAUUUCACCUUGGAGUUAAAUCUAAACGACCAUUCCUGUGUUUUUUUGUCCAGAAAGUUAUUACUUAUUAUCAUAAUCUAUAUCAGAAGUCUGCAAAAUUGAAAUUAAGAAAUAACACCCUCUGGGGCCGCCAUUUUGAAUUCAAAUAUGGCUGCAGAAAUCAACAUACCCUCUGUCCAUAUUUAGGAGUUCAAGUGUUUUCGAUGUCUAAAAAAACAUUGCCAAUGUCAGAACUUGCAUCUGCGGUAUUUGAUUUCAAGAUGGCCGCCUUGCUAUUACACAAUAUAUGUGACAAUAUACGAUAUGCCAAUGAUCAUGAUACCUUUGAACAUAUUUCAAAUGAGCUCAUUUCACCAUAUAGCCACAAUAUAGUCUUUUUGCAAACCUGUUAAUACCUAUAUUUGCACGAAGACAAGCACACAGUUCAAACUUAUAUAUCCAUUUUGGUGAUUUGAAAAAUUUUGGUUGUGUCAAAAUCAGAGGAUUCUCAGAUGGCCACCAUGUAGUCCGCGCUAGUGCAACCAUUAGGCAUUGACAUACCCAAAAUAAGAGUGUUAGACAGUUGGAUUCCCAGGUAAGGAUGUUGGCUAACCUUGGAGUGUCUUGCAGAGGAUCCAAUAAUCAGCGAACAAUUAACUGCACUGUUGAUGAGAUGUUUGUCGAGAUUUUUGUGGUAUAGAUGAAAAAUAAGGGAUAAGGAUGUCCUGUCCACAUUUAUCUAUUCUGAUCUCCUACUUAUAACAUACCCCUCCACAUUUGCAAAGUGCAGUACAUUCCAGCUUUGUCUUGAAGCACUUGCAGUUUCCCUUGCAAGAUUUGAUGCAGUUACAGGAAAUUAAUUCAAGACAAGCUGCUUCGGCGAUGGGCAAGGUGGACCACUUAGGAACAAAACCAUCUGAUUCGGUCGAUUCCCACCCCCAUUCAGUGACAUCAGGAAUUUGAGGUUGUAUUUCAAGUGAUUGUCCCCACACAUGGCCUGACUGGUAAGCUGAUCGCUUGAUGUGUUGUUCUAAGACAGCUCUUGUGGGAGGGAUGUUCUCGAUGUUUCUUUUCAUUUUUGCGAAAAGUUCCAUUCUGGCUUCAUUGACACGAGUCUCAUCACUGGUCCGGCAGUACAUCAGGACAACGAAUCGUUCAAGUUCUAGAACAACUUCAUCUGGUAGUUGUGCUGUACACGGCCGUGACAGUGCAACAAACGUGUUGGUGAUAUCUGGCCAUGCAAGCAAAGUUUUCCAUGCAGAUUUCUUCCCGUGGUUGGCGAAGUAGGAUGUUACAUCACAUCCAGUGAAUGCGUGAAAGAAAAGCAAUCCUUUGGCCAUCUCUGGGGAUAUUGCAUGGGCAAUCUCAUGGAUUGGAAUGUACCUGAAAUCCUUGCCAGUUCCAAAAGCUAUCCAGAGUUGCUCGAUGUCUGGCAAGUCCUGGAAAUGGGCAAGAGCGAGCACAACAACAUCAGUAUCAACAGUUCGUAUCAUUGCUCUCUUGAACCCGCAGUUCAUAGCAUCUUUGACAUGAAGAAGGAUACGCGUAUCUGCUUCUUCAUGCGAGCAUGGUUGAAGUCCAUCUGUGGUGUAAUCCUCUCUAGAGGUGACAACAGAGUCCAGUAGGGUGGAAAUGAUGACCUUGUCACCUGUGUCCUUGGAAACACAUUGUUGUCCUAGGAAUUGGAAGAGUUCAUCCUUAUUGUUAUCAUUCCGCAAGAAGUUUUUCCAGUUCCCUGGAAGCUUCACAUUACCAGACACCCUCUUCCUUGUGCCUGUACCUCUGUUUGCUCUUGUUGAAAGCUUUAAACUGUUCUUGAGAUACACGUCCCAAACAAGAUCAACCCGCUUGACCUUUCCAAGUUCAAACAAGAUGUGCGGGAUGAAUACUUCCUGUGCAUAUUCAGCAAAGGUUUUUGAUUCCUUAACUGGAAUCAGAUGCACAAGCGCCGCACCAUCAAGGAUUGUCACAUCUGUAGAUGGAGUGUUUGUGACAGCUGACGGAGUAUUGAGGAGAGUCUCUAGCAAUCUAACCAGAUCUGAUUUGGUUCCUUGUUUAAGUGUUCCAGACGAAGAAAGUGAUGGGGGAUAUUUUUGGUUUUCAUGCUUGAAGAACUCUUUGAUGUCACCUUCUCUUGUCUGACUGGCAAUGUAUAGUCGUGAGAACAAUGCGCAGUCGCUCUUCAGAUCUAUUAUUGUCUGCUUUUCCUUGGAUGGACCCACAUGCUUUCGAUUGCGGAAAAGUGGAAGUGAAUUUCGUUUGAUGGGUGCACUGAUGGGUGUUUCGUUUUUCAAGAGGCGUUCCUCGAUGAAGGUUUCAUACUUCUUCUCUCCCAGGGUGUGAACUUGCUCCAUACUCUCCACAACUUUCUGCGGCAUGACUUCUUGUGAAUCUAUUGUUACCAAUUCCUUUGAACGAUCCAUGAAUGGAUUCCCCAACUCAUCCAUUACAGCAACAAGGGAUCGCACAUCAUCAGCAAAGGAUUUUUGCGCCGAUGGACUCUGUUCAUGAUGCUUUGGAUUAGUAUCCACAGGUGACUUGUCAGCACUGCUCUCAUACUCUUCAAUGACCAUGGCUAGAUGCGGCCCUGCCACCAUCCAUCGUCGUAGGGCACCUGGAUCUUCUGUCAGACCGAUGGCUCCUCCGUUACCCUUGACUUGAGCAUUCACCUGCUCAUGCGCGUGAUCCAAACCAAUUGCAGAGUAUAGAUUCCCAGUUUUGUUUGAUGUGAAUGCACCACGCAUGAAGUGUUCAUGUACAUCUGGGCACUGCUUGGCAAGUCUUGCCAUGUCCUUAAUGUGUACAGGGAUCCAACGGGCAUAGUGGAUAUGGUCUAGCGCAAAGAACCAUGGAGCUAGUUGAGACAAUGUCUGCACGUACAACUCAAAAUUUGAUGUCCGAAUCGAUCGCACAAAUGCCAACAAAGUCAGUUCUAGAUCAAGCACUGUGCUCCAAAAUCGAAACAUAGGGUAGAACUUGCUUUGCUGCUCACACCAUUCUGUGAAGCUCUCCUCGGCAACAGGAUACUGAUGGAUGGCUGAUUCUUUUUCCUUCCUGAAAGAUUGCCUUUGGAGAAUGUACAGUGAAGAAGCAGUAAUUUGAUGGGCUCUCCUUGUCCGUGCUACAUGUGAUGCAUGAAUGAAACUAUCCGCUGUCCCUUGUGUAGCAACUCCUGCUUGGGCGAUAGCAUUACUCCAACCAGUCAUAUCCAGCAAAUCACCAAGCAUUUUCAAGACAGCCAUUUCGAUAUGAAGAGGGCCUAACAUCAUCACAUACUUGUCUUCACCAUAGCGCUCUGGGAAUCGCCACUGGAUCUGUUUCCCAAGGGCAUACAAAGGUUGGUCCAUCGUCAAUACUGGUGUUUGUCCUGGGUUUAACAAGUGUGUUGCUUGUUGGUUUGUAUACAUGCAAUGUAUUAUUGUUGCAAAUGAGUGUGAUACUUCACGAAAUAAUGGCAUCAGUGCAAUUGUAGUCGGCAGCUUACAUGUAUGUUGCAUCUGCAUAUUUGCAUGGUAUGCAGCCCAUGACACAAAAUCACCAACCGAAAGGUCACCUUCUUCCAUCAAAGAUAACUGCUUCUCAAGCCAUUUUUUCUCAUUAAUGCGGUCUUCAUCAAACUUGUCCCUAUCUGGUCGCAUUGGUCCGUACGUCACUGGUGCUUUGUAUUCCUUCGGCAUUGAUGGUGCAGGCAAGAUGUUUGUGUAUGCCAGAGGAAGAGGAUGGAUUCGCUUGCCUGUCUCCAUGUCAACGAGACCUAUCGGGUCAGCAUCUGUUCCUUGAUUGUUCUCAGUGGGGUGCUGACACAAGGAAUGGGCAGUUCCAUGAAAAGAGCCAACUGCUGUCGUUGCGCUGGGAUUAUGAUCAAUGUUGUCAACCUGUCCUGUCGUGAAAAGAUCUUUCUUCAACUGAGGCGGGCAGACUACUCCAUUCUCCUCAAAGCGAUUGAUGAUGCCAUUUGCGAUAGAUGAUGAUAUUUUGAGAACCCGAUCAUAUGAUAUUGCCAAUCCAUGCUUGUGGAGGCUGUCAAUCAAUUCACGAUUUCGUGUCUGCGCAUGAACUUUCAGGCCUAUGUAAGUCGGUACAGGGACCUCUCUGUCAGCGUUAUGUCGAACUGCAUCUUUCUUCACACGAUUGCCCUGUAUGCUAUUGAAUAUUAUGAGUUCACUAAUGGUUCGAGCUGCUCGUGUCGACGAACCAUCUUUUCGCGUCUGCGACUUGAUACUCGGACCAUCAAGGAUCAUAUUGACCAGUGCCAGCAGUCUGCUAGGAACUGUGUUUUCAGCUGAAUCAUUUAUCAAGGAUCCAUUGAAUUUUCUGCCUUGGGAGAAAAGUUGCUUCCUGAUAAUUAAAGCUGCAUUUGCCAGUUGUAGCGCUUCAGAAUCAUCAUCAUCAAAGCAUGUCAUUUGGAUGGCAUCUCCGAUCGCAGUGUCGUAUGUCAGGAGAACAUCUCUUCCUUGCCUCACAGCUUUCAGAUAUGGACAAUGCAAUAGGAGCCGCUCUUUAAGACGGGUUGAAUUGACCUUUAUCUCUGUAUUGUCCGGACUCAGUUCCACCAGGCGCUCUGUGUACACAGAGACAAGGUCUACAAGACGGAAGACAGGAACACUAGGCCCAACCAUCCUCCUUUCAUCAAUGUAAGAGAUCAGCUCCGCAAGUGCGAUACUUUUAUGGGACGAGUCGUGACUGUCAGAAGAGCCUUGAAGUCUUGUGUUUCUCACCCGUUUAUACCUGUAGAGAGAAUGUGAAACGUAAAUUAAUGGGAAGUUUGAAGUCCAAAACAUUUGUAAAAUAUCUGUUCAGAAUUUAAAUAUUCUUUUGAAUUUCAUAAAAUUUUAUUUAUUUUCAAUUAUAUUUUGUAUCAAGAUCAGUUUAGAAUGUUUCAUUUAUAUUAAAUCAUAAAUAUAACACAGACAUUCAAAAGCAAACACACAAUUUUACAUGCAUUUAUUUAUCGAUGCCUAAGCACCAAAAGGAAUUUUGCAAUUUUGUGCUGGGAGGGUACAUACUUUUAUAUAUUCCUCUGAAAAAAAAGCAAAUUUUGAUAUCAUAUUCUAAUAUCACCACCACACAGAUCUUUGAUACGAUAACGCAAUUCGUCGAUGGGCUGAUAAAACCUCGUAUCUCAAAAAAGCAAACUUUUCAGGAGAGCGAAAAAACUUUCUUAUUUUAAGAAAUUAUGUGAAUAUUCUAUGUUAUUUGAACUGAAUACUAUGUUUGAUAAUUGAAUUAAUAUGAGAUGGUUGGAACGUGCAAUAUAUAAUUGUGAAGGGGAUAUAAUGAGUUACGAGGUUUUGGCACAAGAAAAAAAAUCAUAAAAUGAGAUAGGAGGUUUUUGUACAAAUUAUGAAAUUUGAUAUAUUUUAUAAGAAUAUGCAACUCAUCAUUCUUUGUUAUGACUAUAAGAAGGUAAAUUACACCUUACACUUCACAUUCAUGAACAAAAAAGAGUAAUUUUAACCUGAAAAAGAGUGAUUUCAUAAAAAAUUAAGAUACAAGGUUUUAUCAACCCAGCGUACCUAACGUUCAUGGGCUGUUAAAACCUCGUAUCUCAAAAAAACCGAAAUUUUUAGUAAAACGAAGAAAACAAUCUUCCUUUCAAGAAACCAUGUGUGUAGGCAAUGUUAUUUGAACCUUAGACAAUGUUUGUUAAUCAUUUCGAUUAUGUGAAGUGGUUGAAAUGCACUAAAUAUAAUUUAGAAGGCGGGAAAUGGAGUUACGAGGUCUGUGCACUUGGCCAAAUUUGAAUAAAAAGUUGAGAUACAAGGUUUUUUUAAAGAUAUACAACUCCUGGGGUUUUCAGGAGAUGAAUUAUACCUUAAACAUCACAUUUAUAUUUAAAAAAAAAAUCAUUUUCACAAAAAUUUGAGAUACGAGGUUUUAUCAGCCGAUCGACGGCAUGUAUCAGCAUCAAACGAUAUAAAGCCUGGUAUGAAACAAAAGAUUUGAGGAAAACUUUUUACUAAUUUUCUGGAAGGUUGCUAUUUGACCAUUAGUUAUUUACAAAUAUGUGAGUGCAGUCUCAUUUUGUUAGUAGAUUUGAACAUUUUGGUCUGUGAAAAAAAAAAAAAAUCUGAUAUGCACUUUUCCUAUGAUCGUAAACUUUGUAUUAUUAUAUUUAACUGUUUGAAAGUUAAUUUGAAAUCAUUAUUCUUCCCACCAAAAUACUACAACCAUAGAGAUAUAAAAACAUGGCACAUGAUUUGUGGGCAGUGUCUACUUUUUGUCAAUCUAGGCAGCUAUCAACAUUUAAAACUCUCCAUAAUCCUUUACUUAUAUUUCAUGUUGCAAUGAAACAUCAUCAUAGGUCGCCCCUCACACCAAUUUCUCAUAAAUCAACUCACCUGUUGUAUAGAUCCGACAGGCAAGUCUUGUGAUACUUUGCAUCCAGUGCUAUCAUAUCACCUGGGGCCAAUUUAGCCAGGAGUCUUGUAUCUUGAAGCUCUGUGGCAUUCUUUCGAACUGUCUGGUCUAUCCCAGUUGUUGUAACAUCAUGCAGUCCUGCAGUUCCAGCUUCUUUAUCACAGAAAAAGCAAAGAGCUUGUUUCUGUCCAGUGGAAUGGUAGUCUUGAACACUAGUCCGUCUCACUUUAACUCUGCUGCUGCAGCUGAUACCGUUGUCUGGUUCUAGUUCACGCUUUUCUAUUUGCCGAUCCAAUCUCAUGUCACUGAACAUAUUCCGGCAAGUCUUAUGCCACAUUGCUUUGUUCGUUUGUAAUGUCUCUUCAAUGCCAGACCCAUCGUCUAAUUGUUCAGGAACAACAUUCAAAGGAACUUUGCCUAGUUCUUUAAAUUUUAACAGAUUUGUUGCGAAUGACUGAUAACUUGUCCCUUUAGCUUCAUGAUUCCCUCGCCCUCUACCCUUCCAAGGCUGGGUAAGAUAUUCAGACGAUUUCUCUUGACAGAGAAUGCAGAGGGUCCAGUCCAAUGGCGGCCGCUUUACUUCAGCCAUUUCGCCAGGCUUUACUAGUCUGAACAGCUUCGACAUCAUGCAUCACACAAGUGCUGCUGGACUGUGGGUAGCAUCUGCACAUCGGCACACUUGCUAACUGUUGCUAUUCUCAACCCUGAUUAUCUUCCUCUUGAUCCUGGAAAAAAAAAAGAAGAAAUGGCUUAUGAUAAAGCGAUAAGCAAUAAUCAUGAUGAAAGACUUGUAAGAAUAUAGCAAAAAGUGUUAAAAACUUCUCAAUGAAGGUUUUAGCCAAAUGCAGUGCUGCCAACACUGCGUGAGACAUUUUAAAUAUUACUUGGCACGGUGAAACAGGCAACUAAAACAAAAUUUACACAAUGAUUUGAAUGAAAAAGAUGAAGCAUACUUCCAACAGCUGAAUCAAAUAUUUUGUUCAUUAGACAAUGAUAUCUAUUGCUUAAAAAAGUAUUCGUUUGAGUGUCAAAAUAAUUCUCUUUAUUACUGGGUGUAUUGGCAGGGAUCUUUGUUUUAUUUUGAAAUAACUUAUUUUUAAAUAACAAAGGCAUUUAUUUCAGCUGCUGCAGCUUUUUGGAUGGCUUAUUUUUAAAGAAUAAAGGCAUUUGUAUCAGCUAAUACAGCUGGUUGGAAAGUUCUUGGCUUUAUUCUAUUGUUUAUAUUCUGUAUUUAUUUGCUGAAGUACUACCUUAGCAGCUAAAAUAUUGCCUUAAGCUUCAAAUGUCUCACGCCAUGUUGACAGCCCUGCAAAUACGAUAUAAUCAUAGUGUAAUGCACGGUGACCAUCUUGUGGUGUAUCAUGACAGGCUGUAUUUCAAAAUACAAAAAAAAAGAAUACGAAAACAUCUUUAUGGAAUGCAAAUAUUUGAUUCAUCAGCCCCCUCCCCCCAAAAAAAAUCUUUAAAUGUCCAGCAAACAUAUCAUACCCCACUGUUUUCAGUUUCUUUUACACAUCUUCUUUAAGAGACAAUUAUAAUGAAUGAAUGCUAAACUCACCUAAUUUUGUCCAACCAGAAGUCUAUGCCUUUGGAAAGGAGGGUGCGUGUCUUCAGAAGAGAGGGUGAUUGUCUUCUUCACUAUCUGAUGAACAGAAAGAGAAAAAAGAAAUGUUUUCACCCUUUUCAUGCUUUUCUACAUACAAUGGAGACCAAAGUUAGAUAAUAUUGUAUUAAAUUUUAAAUUAAAAUAGGAUGGGGUUAGGUGUUAACAAAAGUAAACUGUCUAUUUUUAUUUUCAAUUUUGCUAAAAUUAUGCAUCAGAUGAUACAAAAUAUCAUGAAUAUAAUUUUGAAGUAACAUAAGCAAUAAUUCUCAAGAGAUUCAUAAAAUAAUCAAUGCCAUCUUGUUGAAAUUAGAAUUCUAAAAUCGUAUGUUCGGAUACCCAACCUUUCCGGACGCUCAAAAAUGCAAUAAUCACGGGGAAAGACUUGUAAGAAUAUAGGGGGAAAAAAAGGUCAAAACUUCUCAAUAAAUGUUUUAGCCAAAUACAACAAAAUCAUAGUGUGAAACACGGUGGUCAUCUUGGCGUGUAUCAUGACAGGCUGUAUUUCACACAAGCCCUGUCACAAUUACGACGAAGAAUACAAAAAUAUCUUUAUGGAAUGCAAUAUUAGAUUCAUCAAACCCUCCCCCCCCCCAUUUCAAGAAAAUAUAUCAUACCCAACUGUUCUUUGUUUCUCUUAUGCAUCUUCUUUAAGAUACCAUUAUGAUGAAUGAAUGCUAAACUUACCUAAUUGUGUCCAACCAGAAGUCCAUGUCUUUGGAAGAGAGGGUGUAUGUCUUCUUCACUAUCUGAUGAACAGAAAGAGAGAAAAAAAAAUGUUCAUAAACUUCUUAAGCUUUUCUGAAAUGGAGACCAAACUGGGUACCAUUGCAUUAAAAGAAUGUGGGUUGGGUGUCCAGAGGCUUAACAAAAAUAAAUUGUCUAGUUUUUAUUUUCAAUUUUGCCAAAAUGAUGCACCCGAUAAUAGAAAAUAUCAUGAAUAUAUCUCAUUUUGAAUAAUACUAGUAUUAAUUCUCAAGAAAUUCAUAAAAUAAUUAAUGCCAUCUUGUUGAAAUUAGAAUACUAAAAUUGUUUGGAUACCCAACCUGUCCGGACAUUCAAGAACUAGGUAUAGUCUACACUGUAUUCUAGAAAGAGAAUUGAAAUUUCUAUUGUUGCCAACUUGAGGAAGGAAUGGCAAUUGCCUCUGCUGCAACACCAUUCCUGUCCUGAAUGGAUUAGAGUAGGUACAUUUUCUACUUUUUUAUAUUUAUAAACAAAAAGAAUGAUAUUCAAAUACACUGUGCAUUGAUCUUAAAUUAUCUUUAAUGAAUUAACUCCAUUGCUUUUUCAGUCAAGGUCUACAAGACUACAUUAUGGUCCUGAUGUAGGUCUAGACUAAGUUUAGAUAUACAUGCUUUUGAUUACUUUACACCACAUUUAUUCUAUAAAGGAGACAAUAAUAGUUGUAUUCUAGUGAAUCCUUUCUUGAAUUCACAAUUUCAGUGAAAUCUAUGAUACCAUAUUAUGCCUGGAUCCUAUCCUGGCUUCGGCCUAAUGAUCCUGAAUUCGAGGCUAGGCUAGACUACCUUAGGGACUUAGGCUUAGCUAAGGCUUAGGCCUAAUUGAAAGAUCACAAAAAUCUAUGAUGACUCAACAUUUUAAUUCUCUUCAAAAUUACCAGUGGAGACUGCAUGUAUACAACUUCAUUUGACUGUUAAAAACUCUUCUGAAUGAUCAUAGAUCUAUAUUUGUAGACCUAGAGGUCUAUGUAAAUCUAGGCAUACGUGCAAACAUCACUUCUGUCAACCCGACAUGAUUUUGACUGGAUGGGACUGGUGAACAGUACAACUAUUUAACAUGAAAAAUAUUGGAAAUAUAAGCAUUUAUCUUGAUAAAAAUGUAUUGUUUCAUAACAACUACAGCAUUGAAAUAUCAUUUUCUACAUGAGUUAAUGCUAAACUUAGCAGAGACUUACCAGAGUAGACUGCCAAGAGAUGUCAAUAGAUGAACAAAACUUUUGACCAACCAGAAUGAAGCAGCUGUCCAUAUCUCCACAACAGAGGGCGCAUGUCUUAUUCACUUUUGUGAUUCUGAAGAACUUGUCAUUACUCUCUUUCAAGGGUUAUAACUUUUUGGUAAAAAGUGUAAUAAUCACCAACUUUUCACAAUCUAUUCAGCAUACUUGAGGAUAUUUUUAAAAAUUUAUUUGAUGACAUUUAGUUGAAUAAUGAUCAUUUGAUAGAAUUUUGAAUCUCAUGGUAAAUCUGCAAUUUUCAGAAAAAUGUAAAACAAAUAGGUUUUACUCCCAUUAUCAAUAGAAACGAAAAUUUUAAAAAAAUCUUAAUUGGUUCCAUUAUGCUAAGAAUUUAAUUUUCUUUAAAUCCAUACCUCAUACAUGUUUAAAACAUGUUUUACAAGAAAGUUAUAAGCUAUUUUGUACGCUGGUGUUAAAAUUUUGGCGGCCAUAUUGGAAUUCAAAAUGGCGGCCGCCAGAGGGCGCUAUUUUUUUGGAUCCAUUUUUUUUAAUGAUCCCUAAUUAUCAUAGAUACUAUGUGCAAAGUUUCACGCUUUCUUCAAAAAGUGAACGAUUUGGAUGUAUUUUGGGUCUUAGCCGCUCCACUAUUGUGCAAACCGUUUGACUAUGUACAUGCAGAUUUAGUAUGCUAAUCCUUCGAUCAUUUCGUCUACUCGAGAACGCACUCCCGAGGAUUACACCUACACUAACACGUAAUCUACACUUUAUUUUUUUUCCAUGCAUCUAUGGCAGUAAUUUGCCAGACUACUAGCCCUGGUGUGCUGCACCAUGCAGACAUCUCCUUACUGUGGGAAAAGGGAAUUAAUUCGCUACUUUCCACUAAGUGCAUGGUUCACUACUAUUUUUUCUCAUAUUUUCUGGAUGAAAAAAAAAGAAAGAGAAUGGAAUUCUCAGGUUUCUACUUGUUCUUGCUAGAUUGUCGGUGUAACCAAGAAAAAGAGAAUAGAGGAGUAUUGUGAGUCGGGUGCUUGAGCCGCGGGGGAUUGGAGUAGGCUCACAAUAGACCAAUCUUACAUUCAAACACUCAAAGACCAUUGCAGUGCCUUGGGCGGCGGGAUACGUGAAUACUCGCUGGCUUGUCUAAUUAGCCCCGCUUUCAAUGUUCAGAGGUACCCCUCUACCAGCAUGUCGCCCCCAUUGAUAUACCCCUAGCACAACCCGUUACCAGUGGAAUGCAAGAAACAGACAGGACUUGGGACCCACGUGUGGUUUACGGAGUCUCAAAGACCACAGGUGUACGCUACUUUGCUCCUUUUUCAUUUUCGCCGAGUCUUUUGUCGGCUUCAAAUGAAUGAAGGUGAAAGAAAGAAGAAAAAAAGAGAGGGAGAGAGAAAAGAAAGAAAUCACCAUGGAAGUGCCUCGGGGUGUGAACGUGUGGUAAGAAGUGAGUUGGAGUCUAUAAAUGAUGACUUGUUAAUGUAUUCUGGUAGUUAGAGUGUCAGGGUGACCCUCAUGAACUUCACCACAAGUUCUUCUUUCCUUACCCUGCCAUUUUUGAACACGGUAAUUGACCGAAAUCUGAAUCCCAAGUCUCGAUUAGAAACCUCGCCUGGUAUUGUGAGUUGCUGACUAGCCAUCCAUUGUUCAACGGGCUGUUUUGUGCGACUUUCCUGCAUGUUCGUAAGAAAAGGGAAGAAAAUUGUGACAGGUAUCUGGAACAGCAACCCUCUGGUCCAUUGAAACGUGCCCACCAAAAAAAAAUGAAGGCCACUCAAACUUGAACUACUUGCUACCAUCUGAAACCUAUCUUCGAAAGUCGACACGGGGUAAUUUAACAAGCCUGGUUUAUGAACGAUGCUCUUAUUUGUUAAGCACAGAAACGUGGCCUAAUUCACGGUCAAUCAACUUGUAGUCAUGAAUCGAGUCCCAACUCCCCUGUUAUUCACCAAACCCAUUUUCCAUUUCCCCUCGCAAACAAUUCUCAUUCCAUUUCGACUUCGAUGUAGAGAGCGUUGUCACUCCGUUAAAAAAUGCCAAAAUCUCAAAACAGCACAAGUGCCACAACGUUGAUUCAGUCACUGUAUAAUAUUUUGAAGGUCGAACAUUAAAACAUCUUUGGUCGAGCAUUUCGAAAAUCGAGCAUUUCAAAUAUUUCUUUGAUUUCUUCUUUUUAAUAGUACAAAAUUAUUUUUUAGGAUAUUUCAUUAAAUAAGUACUAAUUUCGAAAGAUACUUAUCUUCAAAGGGAGAGGACUUAUUUUUGGAGGAGGAAGGGGGAAGGGUUCCGACCUAUAAGGGUGGGGCUCAUGUACUUGAAGAAUCUCUGAGGUUUCUCUUUCAUAAUGGGAUGGGGUAAUACAUGCGAUUGUUCUCGUUUCUCUUACUCCCCCUUAAUCAAAUGAAACAGUUUUGUUUACGAACAAACACGCACGCUCAUCCACUUUUCCCCCACUCUCACCAGCAUGACCAACACUCUCUCUACAAGUUCCUUUCACAAAAGAUCGCUGAAGUUGAAAGAAGAUGAACAAAAACAAACUUCCAUUAGAAGGCCAUAGUUUUGGUGCAGUCGGUUAAUAUAACCAAACGCAACAACGGAUCAAAAUUCAAGAUGAACUUUUGGGGUUUUUGAUAGAAAAGUCGACCCCCUCGGUACUUGCGUACUUGACUCUAGAAAAAAGACAUAAAUGAGUGACUUAAAUCAUGCGAACUAUCUAGAUACUCUCGAUGGUCUAUGUUUCAAUCUGAACUCUCGGUGCAUUUUUGUAACUGUACUGUAUAUCACUGGGUUUUUACAUUAAGCAUGAUUGCACUAAAGACUGUUAAUUAGUGAUGCAAUUAGCAGUGUUUUCUAACCUAUUAUCAUCAUGAUCAUUAGAGGUGUUUGACGAUCCGUCAAGUAGGAAGGAAGUGGCGUAAAAGCCCCCGUCUUCUGAACUACAUAAUUAUUCCGUCGUAAUUGUUUCAUCUGCUCUCGAAUCUGCUGAUGUACAAUCAUUACCUCAUCAACAUUACAUGUAAUUUGCUCCCGAUGUAUACCUGAAGAAAUUGAGAAGAGAAUGCAGUUCGAGCUGACAUUCUUGCAUCGGGGUGACGGCGAGACAGAAAUUAAUUAUUAGAUGAUGAGGGGGAUGCCAGGUACUUAACGCUCCAUGAUUAAUUAAGCCGUGAUUGGGUAAUUUUGAUUGUCGUCGUCCGAUUGAGAUUAGCAUACUUCAGAAGAACAAAAAGAAGACAAUUGACAAUUGAAUAAUGUCGAAUGAAACUGGUGUGAAUGAAUAUUCUAUAUCGUUUCAAUAUUUCUGUAAUAUUAUUUUCGCGAAGGAGUGGAUUUUCGGAUGCAUUUCCGAAAAUGGCUGCUUAUCGAAAUCGGUAUUACUUACACCAGACAAUUCAAGAUUGCUACGUUGAUCUAUCCAAACAAAUUAUGGAGAUAAUACUUAUUAGAUAGGCCUCCGGGAUAUACUUCAUUUUCUAUAUAAUUAUAUACGCAUUUUAUACAUCUUUGUACACUCAGAUUUAAUUUCAAAUUCAAUUUCACUAAAGAGAAUUAUCACAAUGCAAAAAGCUAUGAGAAACACCCGAAAACAUUUUUAUUUUAUUUGAACAUUCAUAUGGAUGUUUGACGAAGACAUCAUUAGUGCUCGGUAUAACACCUUUAAAAAAAUAUUUUUUACCAUUACCCGCCGUUGGUUAAUCAUGGUUUUUAUUCGUGGCGGAUUACUCAUAGCGAUGCGUACAAAUAGCACACACAUUUCUCACUCUAUAUGGGUGAAUAUGCACCCAUGGAAUAACCGCAAUGCUAUUUAAAGUGUCCCAUGCUCAAACACAAAGUACGUUCUCUUUACACAAGCCCCGCUCUCUGUGUGCUUGCGUUCAAAUCAAUAAAGCUAUCGCUCUUACGUAACAAUUUGAUAUGGACCGAGUAGUGCCUGUCUUUACCAUUUUUCCCCAUUUCUUAAGUUGCAUUGACCAUUAACUUAAGAGCUCGAAUAACCAGAAAGCUGACAUAAAGUUUAUGGGAAAAAAUGUAGGCUUAUAUCAAGCAUACAUUCAGUGAGUCGAUUGAAGCUCACUUUAUAAACUCAUACAAGAACGCUAAGAUGAAACAUUUGAAAGUUAAAAAUUGUAAGAUUGUUAAAUAUCACUGUUGCUGGAUAUGUUGCAAUGAUGGUUGCUAUAAGUUCACAUAUCAAUCAGUCUCCCUUUUUACACAGCAUUUUAUAACGCACAUUAAUUUUCAUGCCCACUGCAACUGCUUGAGGUCGAUAUUGUACAAAUGAUUUGAAACAAUGUAUACAGAUCAAUAAUCAUAACUUGUAUCAAAGACUUAAAAGUGUAUCGGGUAAUCCCUCUAUAUCUACAGUUGAAAUGGUUUAUCCUUGAAACCACUUUGCAAGACUGCAAAUUGAAAUAAAGUUUGGGAGGGUGACUAAAGAAUAAACUGCACUCCUGCAGGAUUCAUUUUCGCCUAAGUUUGAGGCAAGUCCUACAUGUACAUGCUUUUGUGGAAAAAACAAAUCAGCUUUGUUGGAAUGGUUCUCCGAGUGCAUUCUCAUUACCGAUCGAUUGUUUGGACCGGUCCGUAUACAGAGACCGGUCCCAUCAACUCGGCAGGAGUUCCCUGCUUGGUGGAACCUUAAUGCUUACCCUGUGUACUGAGUAAUUAUUGACAUUGAGUAGGUUGGGUUGAAGGACCUCUCGCCAAGUUGUGUACAGAUUAACCCACAGCGAGUAAUGAAGAAUGGUCGGAAUAAGGAGGGGGGGUAUAACGAUAAUGGACUUUCAUGAGAAUCAUCCAAAUAGCUGACCAAAUGCAUUAUCUAACAUGACAGUCUGAUGAAUUGAAACGUAUUUCGUAUAUUGACGUUAUAUAUUUUGUGAAUGUUGUUUGAUUAAUGGUCUUUUAUUUUUCAUUACUUUUCUUUAGGUUUGGUUCAAAAACAGAAGAGCAAAAUGCAGACAACAGCAACAGCAGCAACAGAACGGUCCGAACAGCAACAGCACAACGAACAAACCGCGUCCUGCAAAGAAGAAAACGCCACCGCCGACACCGCGUGAACCCGACGCGCCUACCACCACAUCGAGCGAUACACCGCCUUUCAAAGCAUCGCCAUCCGUCUCGUCGAGCAUGCCCAAUAACAACAGUAUUUGGAGCCCGGCAUCGAUAGCCCCUCAGCCCAUGACAAGUGAUCAUUUAUCAGCAAACAUGAGUAAUAACAGUUGUAUGCAGCAUUCCUACACCAUGCCUAACGCGCAACCCGCUGCAGGCUACACAGCGCAGGGUUACCAGUCACCGUACUUUGGCGCCGGCCUUGACUACCUCUCUCAUAUGCCGCAAUUCCCCGGCGCCAUCAACCACCAGAUGGCAUCGAGUGCUAUGAAUAACGGGCCGAUGACCACCAUGGCGUCGCAGCUGCCUCCACCCCACCACGCCCAUAUGCCCAUGGGCUCGAUGUCGAGUGCAGAGUGUAUCGACGGUAAAGAACAGCCGCAAUGGAAGUUCCAAUCCUUGUAACCCAACCUGACAGAAUCUCAGCACCGAGAUGAUCCCAUUGAGUCCAUCGUAUCAAUCGGGCGUGGUUCGGCAGCCAGGAAAAUGUCUGGAAAAUGUGCAAAAUGACACUGAUGUUCACAAAAUGGCGGCUCGACUUAGCGAAAUUACGACGCGCACACGAGGUUAUGACAAUGAAAGGACCAAUGGGUAUAGGAAUCAGAUUUGAUUUAUAAAUGAAUAUUUUGAAUGGAACCAUCACUCAGGGAAAUCUCGAGACAACAUGAGGUUUCUACCGUUUCGUAAUGACUCCAUUCCUGAAACGCAAGACAUUGCCGUUCGGACAAUCUGAAAUGAAUCACAUCUUUGCUCUUUAUAAUGAUUGAUAAUAAUCCAUGAGAUUUUCAUGUGUUUCUCUUUUUUUCUAGCCAUUUAUGGUGUUAUUAAUCAAACUCGUUAUCAGCACAAUAUUUAUUGUUAAAUGAGCUCAUGCUAAAGCAAGCAAAACUUAUUGCAAAUCCGAUGUGUUAUGUUUUCAUACAACUUUUAAGUUUAAGAUAUUUGAGGUUAAAAUCCUCAAUGAUCGUAAUGGUGGAUAUUUCUCUAUCGAGCAAGUACAUAACAAAAUACCAUCUUGUGAACAACUGAUCAAACUGAAAAAGACUAUGUUCUUAUUCAACAAAUUGCAUCAUGUGACUAUUUAGUAUGCCUAUUAUGAAAAUAUCGAAUCAGUUUCUGCUUAAUGUUAUUUUAAGUUUUAGCGUGAGAUCAUGAAACAGAUUGUGUUAGUACCUUGAAUGAACGCAUCUCACGUUGUCGAGUGCGUUUAAUCUUAAUUAUUGUUGAUCAAAUGACCUUGUAAACAAGAUGAACCACCAAAAACUUUCCCACCGAAAAAAAUGUUAACAGGAUUGACUGAUUUAUCCAACAUGCAAUGUAAAUCUAGAUGGUUUUAUUUAUUACAGUAGUAUAUGUAUAGACAAGUGACAAUUAUGAUUAUCAUUAACUCUGCAUUACAUUAGUGUGUUGCUAUAAGUGAAACAAAUUUCUUUCGUUUUCAAUCAUAGGAUAAUUCCUUCGAGAAUCCCAGAAUUAUUUGCAAUCAACUCGUCUAGGUUAAGAAUAAUCAGCUCAAACUUAUUUGUUUCUUUGUGUCUUGUAUUUGAUUGAUUUGCUAUUCUGUUAUGAACUUAAUUGUUUGAAUAAUAAGUCGACUUUCUUUUUUUAAAACGUAUUCUAAGACUAACUAUCGGGCGUUUUGUACGACACAUUGAAGUGUUGAACGAAGUUAACAACUAUUUUAUUGAGUCCAAUUUUGUACCCCCUUUUCUUUGGUUUUAGUUUCCCAAGUUGGUUGGAUAUACAGGGUCAAUGUUAAUUUAUGUGUUGUAUAGAAAACAAUGUUAUAAAAGAAUGUCACCUGACUGUGCUUAUAAGGAACCAUAAUGGGAAACCUUUUGAUUUUAAAUUGAAAAUAUACUUAUAAGUACCCAUUGUGCGGAUUUUAACUUUGAUAACAGCCCCGAUUCACUUUUUUUCAAGCGGGGCUUAAUUUAUAUAUCUUAUAUUAUUGUGAAAGCAAUCUCUCUAACACAUCCAGUAUUUAGAAUUCUAAUAUUUAUGUUUUGUAAAUUAUGUUUUUUUUCUUCUGAUAUUUAUGUUGUCUUUUUUUUCUCUUCGUUUUGACCACAAACCGCAUGGUGUGUUUGAAAAUGUAUUGACAUAAUUAUUUUCGUCUCGUUCCUUUUGCUUUAUCUUCUCAUACCUUUGCCUCAAAUUCAAAUAUUCUAAGUGUAAAUAAAUGAUAUAUAGAGGGGGCAACGUCUUUAUUUUUUUCCUUGAUUCUAUUCAUUCCAUGUUUAAAGUAGUGUCAGACAGACCGUGUAGUAUACGUAGGUUAUAGAUAUCUGAAUAUCUUCGUUAUUUUCCCAAUUGUUUCUAGCCUGACGCAACGUUAGGCAUAUUAUGCACAGUUGAAUGAAAAUAUUAAAAAUUGCACGAAAUAUAUUAAA